UUUGUGGAGACCGUCGGAAAAAAUCCGAACCGUUGCUCAUUGCAGUUGCUAUGUAGAAGAAAUUGACUGAAACGUAAUGUCGGGAGAAUAAAAUUGCAAAACAGAUCAGAACAAAUCGCAACUCAAGGAAGAGCAGUCGGAGAGAAAUGGGGACGACGACGGCACUGGCGCCGGGGCUGUCAAGAAAGCUGAAGAAGGUAUUGGAAACUCGCACCGACAAUCCAGAUCUGCUGGCAUCACUUAAUACACUCUCCACUUUCUAUAACGAUAAUACCGCUCCGGCUCGCCGUAACCUCCGAUCAACUAUCGAGAAACGUUCUCUCACCAUUAACCAUGACUUCCUCCUUGCUUCCGAUGCCGCCCAGCAGGCUUUGGAUCGGGUGGAGGAAGAGGUUAAUUCCCUAGCUGAAUGCUGUGACAAAAUUGCUAAAUCCUUGAAUAACUGUAAUGCUACUACUGGAGAUAUUAUCACUACCACAGAAAGACUCAAACAGGAACUUGAAAUCACCACUCAGAGGCAAGAGAUUGCAUCAUGCUUCCUUCGAGAUUAUCAACUUUCCAGUGAAGAGAUAAAUGCACUGAGGGAGGAAGAAUUGAAUGAGAACUUUUUCAAGGCCUUGAGCCAUGUACAAACCAUCCAUGGAAAUUGCAAAGUCCUUCUCAGGACCCAUCAUCAGCGUGCAGGUUUGGAGCUGAUGGAUAUGAUGGCUGUCUAUCAAGAAGGUGCCUAUGAACGCCUGUGCAGAUGGGUUCAGACAGAGUGCAGGAGAUUGGGGGACACUGAUAAUCCUGAAGUAAGUGAGCUUCUGAAAAUGGCAGUUCGUUCUCUCAAAGAAAGACCUGUACUUUUCAAGUAUUGUGCUGAAGAGGUAGCAAAUAUGAGGCACAAUGCACUAUUUAGGAGAUUUAUCAGUGCUCUUACACGUGGUGGGCCUGGUGGCAUGCCCAGGCCCAUUGAAGUUCAUGCCCAUGAUCCGCUUCGUUAUGUAGGUGACAUGCUCGGCUGGCUGCAUCAGGCCCUUGCAUCCGAAAGAGAACUUGUAUUUGUGUUGCUUGAUCCAGAUGCAGUAGUGGAUACUGGACCAACAGCCCGUAAAUUCUCCACAAACACCUCAAGCUCAGAGAUUAAUAAUAAUAAUAAUAAUAAUCAGGAAACGGAAAAGGAAAAGUCAGAAACAGAUUUGACCUUUGUUUUGGAUAGAAUCUUUGAAGGUGUUUGUAGACCUUUUAAAGUCAGAGUUGAACAAGUGUUGCAGUCUCAACCUAAUCUUAUAAUCUCAUAUAAGCUUAGCAACACCCUUGAGUUCUACAGCCACACUGUGUCAGAUCUGUUAGGGAGAGAAACAGCACUUUGCAAUACACUGUGGGGUCUAAAGGAAGCUGCUCAGAAGACAUUUUUUGAGAUUUUGAAAGUUAGAGGGGAGAAGCUACUGAGAUAUCCACCUCUGGUUGCUGUUGAUCUUUCCCCACCACCAGCAGUAAGAGAAGGAGUCACUUUGCUGCUUGAAUUAAUCACAAUUCAUGACAGCAUGAUGGUUCCUGCUUCAGGGAUUAAGCCCCUCUUUGAUCCGGUUAUAUCCGCUUUGCUUGAUCCCAUAAUUCAGAUUUGUGAGCAAGCAAUGGAAGCUCACAAGUCAAAAGGAUCCAUCGACUCAUCUAGAAGAAACAGAACCAGGUCUGACGUGGCCCAAUCGCGAAGAUCAUCUGUCGAUGCUAUUUUGACACCCACCCAAGUAGCUCCAUCUAAGAGCAAUGAAACAGCAUCAAAGAUUUUCAUCAUCAACUGCUUAUGUGCAAUCCAACAACCAUUACUAAAACACCAAGUUGCAGCAUCUGGAUACGUGAAAAAACUCGGAGCAAUGAUCGAUAGCCACAUGUCCAGCCUUGUGGAAAAGGAAGUGAAGGCUAUUUUAACAAAAUGUGGUCUCUCAAACAAAAUGCCACUCUUCCUUGACACAUCUGAGUCAGCAUCAGCGUUAUCUGAGAUGGAAGAAACAUCUCCAGCAGCUCUAUCUGAGUGUCUCAAAGCCUUUUUUGGCUUGAUUUUGGGCAGCGACACCUCCCUGCCCGAAUUUGAAGAGAUGCAACUGCCACAUCUGCGGUCAGAAGCUUCCGUCCAGGUGGCGAGAUCGCUGGCGGAAGGUUAUGAGGUUAUUUAUAAGGCGAUAUUGGAUCCUAAGAAUGGGUAUCUGGAUCCUAAGUCCUUGGCUAGGCACCCGCCCGAUCAGAUCCGGACCAUUUUGGGAAUUUGAUAAUUUCACAUAGAUAUUAUUAUUAUUUUUUUUGGAAAAGUGGAAUACAAUAUUUUCUUUUGCUUUAAGUAUCAUAUUUGUUAAAAGUAUUGACAAAUGGGAUACCAAUAUCUAAAUAGCG